GUACAAUAUGGCAGCUGCAUCGGUUUGUUAGCUUGGCAGUUUUCUCUGAUAAGUUCGGGUGUCGUAGUGUGGUUGUAUUGUGAAAUUAUUGUAAAAUUUGUUACGUGGUAUUUUAAUUUGUUGUUUUAAUCGCAUCGUGCGUGUUUAUUUAUCUACAUAGUGUUUCAUAAUGGCAACCGAACAUUUCUGUUUGAGGUGGAAUAAUCAUCAAUCUACUUUGGUAUCUGUAUUUGACAAUUUAUUAGAAAGUGGGACUUUGGUGGAUUGUACUCUCGCAGCAGACGGACGAUAUUUAAAAGCUCACAAAGUAGUGCUUUCAGCAUGCAGUCCUUAUCUAGGAAUGAUUCUGAGCCAACACUACGACAAACACCCGAUCAUUAUAUUGAAGGAUGUAAAGUUCGACGAGCUAAAGGCGAUGUUGGACUACAUGUACCGGGGGGAGGUGAACAUCUCACAGGAACAGCUGUCUACGUUUCUCAAGGCAGCCGAGUCACUACAGAUCAAGGGAUUGACGGACACAGGCGGUGACGAGGGGAGUGGACUUGUACCAAAUCGCCCUCCGUCCAGUAGCUCAACGGCUUCGGUCCCCAAUGACGACCCACCUAGUCCGGCUCAGGGUGAUGGGGGUUCACCUGGGCCACGGAAACGUAAGCGAGUGAGGCAUGAUGAACCGCCUGAUUGUGAGAUGAAACCAGUGACAGGUGACUCUGAUCGGUUGGCGCAGAGUGCCGGAAAUAGUGGAUCGCCCGGGAGUGCUAGUGCCGGACGUAAUGUGGGGCUCGGGAGUGUGAAACGUGAACCAACAGAGGAAGGGGAGGGACAGGCGGGAGUGGGGGAAGAAGUUGGGGAGAGUGGCAUGAUGGCGAGACCAGGACCGUCAAACGGUGGUGGCACCAACAAUAAAGGAUCGCCAUGGAUUCUGUCUGCUGACAGCACGGGGGAUGAGAUGCAGCUGACUGCUGGGCAAGGUUACAUGCAGAAUAUGAUGGCCAUGUAUGGGAACAUGUGGAUGGACUCUGUCGGACCGAUGGACAUGGACCAGGAGAUGCUAGCUGCUUAUCGUUAUGGACGUCCCAACUGGAACGUGAAUAGGUACAUCUGCACAACGUGCGGUCGGACCUAUUCACUGCAGGCUUCCCUCUACAACCACAAGAAGUUUGAGUGUGGGAAACUCCCUAACUUCAUCUGCCCAUACUGCCCUCAUCGGACGAAACAGAAAGGUAACCUAAAAACUCAUAUUAAGAAGCGCCACCCAGAAUUCUUCUCUGAGCCUUUUAUGCCUUCGCCGAGCCGGCUGAACUCAAUGAUGAACUCAAUCAUGAUGCAGAGCACUGCAAUGCAGCAAUCACUGAUGCAGAACUCCCCAGGUGCCAACGCUCCUCCUCAGAGCCCUCAGGUGUCAAUGGGGAGCUCUAUGAUGGGUAAUACAUCCAUCUCCAUGACGCAGAACUCCAAUCGAAAUAUGAUGCAGAAUUCAUCGCCUGGUUCCAUGAUGCCGAACUCAUCAAAAACUCACAGUUCAUCUAUUAAUAACCUACUGCAGGCCAUGAAACAUCAAGGAGCGAUGGGGCCGAAUUCCUCCAAUCAGAAUGCAAUGUCUGCUGCCAAUCUUGUGCAAGCACUUUCUCAGAGUCUGCCCAACUCAACGAGCAUCUCCGCUCUAGACAUCAUGCAGGUUUUGGCUCAAGGUACCCCAAAGAGUCCGAUGACUCCGCACAGAAUGUCUCCACUGAAUGCAACUCCAGCCAAUUACAACAACCCUCCCCAAAGUCCGAUGGCUGCUAACAGAAUGUCGCCUUUAAAUCCUUCAUCGAUGGUUACUACAACCCUCAAUGGAGGAGUGAAAUCUGAUCUUCCAAAGAGUCCUGAAGAGAUGCCUUCUGCUAAUGCAGACGCCCCAAAGAGUCCAACUAUAUCAACCUUUAACACCACUCUAUCUUUAGAUCCGACGGAAUCGGAAGAUUCGUCUGAUACACCUCAAAUACUCCCUAGCUACCCUGUAUCCCAAUAGUCAUUAGUAACAAUUAUGUCUAGGUAUUUAUUGAACGCAAUAACAAUAUACUUAACUAUGCAAUCAAUUAUGCCAACAAUAAUGUAAUAUUUGUCUGUUGUGGAUCUUACUCUAGGCUUAGCUAAGGGAAGUAUCAAGAGUGUUUUAAGGUAUCAUCGUCGGGAUCAUGUUGGGGUUCCUGUAGACACAUUAGAUUAUAUUGCAGUUGUAAACUUUUGAAGCCAUUUGGUUGUGUAAUUUCUCCAUUGAUAACCGGUCGUAGUAGGAUCCCAACGCAAUCUCGACGGAGACCUCUGUACAUAGGGCCCAGAAGCUCACAACAUCUCCUUACCUCGCAUCUCCACGAGAGACCAGGCCUCUCGGGCACAGCUGUGUAAUAUACUCCUUGAAUCUCUGUUGUAAAAGCUUCUCAACAAUUUUUCUAAUUAAUAUUUGGUUGUCACUGCAAAGCAUUUUGGCAUUCCAUUGCAUUCAUGGUAACAACAAAGAGCUCUUCAAAUGUGUUAUCAAUUUAGGAAGCACCUGAAUAAACCUGUAAUAAAUACUACUUUUCUUGCUCGAUAGUAAAAAUUAACUAAAUUAUAAUUAGUCCACAAAUCUUGAUGAAUUGUUUUAAUUACUAAGGUAAAAUAGAUCAUUUAAUUAAUAUAUUUGCUUUAUUUCUGGUAAUUAAUUACACAAUAUUAACUUUUUACAUUUGUAUUGUAUGUACUUUUGGGAAAUUUGUGAAGUACGUUUUAAAGACAUUUAUUAGUGUUAUCCAAAAAAAUUUGAAAUUUGAUUUAAAUUGUGAAAACACUAUGGUUAUAAAUUUAAUAUUUAUAUACAAAAUUGCUACUAAAAUGUUGAGUUACAAAAUUGUCAUGGUGAUUCCAGUUAACUUUAAAGUUCAUAUAAGAAUAACAUUUUAAUUCAUUUGUUAAAAUUUAAAUUUAGUUUACAUUAAUAUAUAUAUACAGAAAUUUUUCUGUAUGUCCUUGAAUAAUAUUACAACUUCAAUCAGGACAUUUCAUUUGUACAGAAAGCUUUGUUCAACAAGUUUUAAUAUUUUUAAUUCACUUCUUUUAGUUAAAAAAAAUUAUUCACCACACAAUUUGUUUUCUACCUGAUUAGCAAAUGUGUAGAAGAAGCUUGGAUUCUUCAUAUUUAGUGAAAGGUAGAUUAAAGUAAAUUACGCUUACUUGAAGAGAUUGUUUUUCGAAUUGCAAUGUUUUAAUCCUUUGAGCCAUUACUAUUGAAUUAAAACCAUGGUUUAUCCAUCACCAGAUAUCAUAGAUUUUUAACCACAGAGGCCAACACACUGUUUUGUUACUUUCAAACUAUAGCCAUGGCCAACACACUGUUUUGUUACUUUCAAAA